AUGGCAACCCCCACACCCAACCAACCAUUUCUGGAUCCAAGUCUGGUAUCCCCAUCUGACGUCACGGUUGUUCAAGCUCCCGAUAGUACCAUAUCCACAUCCGAUAUCACUGUGGUUCCAGCUCGACAACCCACAUCCGAUAUCACUGUUGUUCCAGCUCGACAACCCCCCAAGAAGCCAUCCAAACCACAAGGCAAGAAGGCUGCCAUGAAUAACACAGAUACCGCGCUGUGUAACUCGUGGCUCGAGAUCAGUGAGGAUCCCAAGAAGGGCACUGAUCAGACCUUUAACGCGUUCUGGGAGGCCAUUGCAAGGCACUACGCAACUCACAUCCCAAACGCCCCGCGAUCCGCCAAAAGCCUGAAGAAUCAUUGGAGUGACAAGAUUCAGAAGGAAGUGAACCGAUUCGUCAGUUGUGUUAAUCAAGUCCAACAAGCAAAUCCCAGCGGGACGAAUUCGGCCAACCGACUCACCAUGGCAAUGUCAAUGUAUUCAAGACUCUACGAAAAGCCCUUCACUAUGCUCGGUUGCUAUGAGAUUCUCAUUACAUCACCAAAAUGGAACGACUACUCGCGUGGCCUUGCAAAAAAAAGAGAAUCAACUUCUACAGCCGUGAACAAACGCAAGGAGCCCGACAGCUCAUCAACCAACUUACCCAGCACGAAUUCUACGACUACAGAUGCUUCAAACGGCGGUCGUGGUGGGGAUUCUUCUAGCGAUGAGACUUGCGGCCCUCCGACUCGCCCGAUCGGCCGUAAACGUGCGAAAUGCGACCAAGCAGCUGAACUAGCAGCCAAAAAAACUCAGGAGAGCCUCAAGAAGAUGGCUCAGGCUCACUGUGAUAUUGCUGAGGUCGCUAAAAAACAAAGUAGCUUCCUAGACGCUCAACAGGCCGCCAUGAAUCGUUUGGUGGAUGAGUCGAUUAUGUGCAAGGACCUCUCUGGAGCGAGCGAGAUGAUGAAGAGAUAUUAUUCAUUCGAGCAAUCCAAGAUCAUGGCGAGAUUGGAAAAGGAGCAUUCUGCUUCCAGCAAUGCGACUAGCACACGGGCUCCUUCGACGAACACAUCUAGCAACAAUGCGACUAGCUCACAAGCUCCUUCAACAAACACAUCUAGCGCACCAGCCCAAACAAAUACUAUAGUAGAGUGA